CCCUUCUAGGGAAGUGGGAGGACCCGAAAAGGCGUCGCAAAAGAGCGAAUUGUUUGAGAGCUCAGUCAUCCAAAAACGGCCUUUCAAUGAGAGAACUUGGGGAGCCGAAGAAAAUGUCGGUGGCAUCGCAGUAAAUUACUAAAGCAGAAGCGCUUUAGAGGGAAAAGAAAAAGUGAAGGUUUCCCCCCCCGGAUUUUACAGAAUUAAAAAGCAGAGAAAGAGAUCGAGUGGUCUCGAGGAGUGACCACCAAAUACAGCACGUUUGGGGGUAUUGUAUGGAAAAUGUCUGGAGCGUUAGACUGGACUCCCUGGAUGAAGAAGCGGCGGGUGCGAGGGCUGUGUGCCCUGGGUGCAGUGCUGCUGUGCUGCCUGCAGGGCGGAGACAGUGUCAACGGGGCCACUGGUGAGGUGCCAGUGUUCACCGAGGAGCCUCUGUCGGUGGUCCAGAAGCUAGGCGGAAGCGUGACCCUGAGGUGCAGCGCCCGACCCGCCGCGACCAACAUCAGCUGGCGGCUGAACGGGCGCGAGCUGGACGGGGACCUGGGGGUGGUGGUGGGCCCCGGCACUCUGGUUAUCCCGGCCCUCACCAACCGGACCCUGGGCCGGUACCAGUGCGUGGCCAGCACUAACGCCGGGGCCCUGGCCAGUGUACCAGCCAACGUCACCGCCGCCAAGCUGCGGGACUUUGAGCCAGACGACCAGCAGGACAUCGAGGUGGACGAGGGCAACACCGCGGUGAUCGAGUGUCACCUCCCGGAGAGCCAGCCCAAGGCCCAGGUCCGCUACAGUGUCAAGCAGGAGUGGCUCGAGACCUCCAAAGGAAACUACCUGAUCAUGCCGUCGGGGAACCUGCAGAUAGCCAACGCCACCCUGGAAGACGAGGGGCCCUACGUGUGUGCUGCUUAUAACCCCGUCACGCAGGAGGUCAAGACCUCCACCUCCACCGACCGCCUGCGCAUACGCCGGUCUACAUCUGAGGCUGCCCGUAUAAUCUACCCCCCGGCGUCUCGCUCCAUCAUGGUCACUAAGGGCCAGCGUCUGGUUCUGGAGUGUGUUGCUAGCGGCAUCCCCACGCCGCAGGUCACAUGGGCCAAGGACGGCGAGGACCUGCGUUUCCACAAUAACACGCGCUUCCUGCUCAGCAACUUGCUGAUCGACGCGGCCGGCGAAGGCGACUCCGGGACGUACGUGUGCCGCGCGGACAACGGCGUGGGAUCAGAGGGCGUGGCCACCGUGCUGUACGACGUCCAGGUGUUUGAGCCUCCCCAGGUGACCGUGGAGCUCCUGCAGCAGGAGGUGUCCUGGGGGGAGAGUGUGCGCUUCAGCUGCCAGGCCAGGGGUAAACCCGCCCCCUCGGUGGUGUGGCUCCACAACGCCCAGCCCCUGAGUGCCACGCCACGCCACCGCCUGUCCCCCCGGAUACUGCGUGUCAUCAACGUGGGCCCGCAGGAUGACGGCCUGUAUCAGUGCAUGGCGGAGAACGGCAUCGGCAGCUCCCAGGCGUCCGCCAGGCUCGUCACCUCGCCAGCCGGCAUCCCGGCGCGGUCGGGGAGGCUGCCUCCCAUCCUGCGUCCACUUAGCCCGGACAAGGUGCUGCGGGAGCAGGCCCCGGUGAAGCCUGGGGCCACGGGUGGCGCGUUGACCCUGGACUGCUCUGAGCUGACAGGUCAGAUCUCGGUGGCGGAGGCCCCUGUUAUCCUCAGCCAGCCCAGGACCGUCAAGGCGGACUUCUACGAGCUGACCUGGAAACCUCGUCAUGACGGAGGGGCUCCUGUUGUAGAGUACAUCGUCAAGUACAGAAAGAUUGAGGACCCUCCAGCUGAGUGGAGCAGCCGCAGUCUCUCUGGGUCUCUCCACAAGCUGACCCUGGCCAAACUGCAGCCGGCCAGCCUGUACGAGGUGGAGAUGUCUGCUAAGAACUGUGCUGGCCUGGGACAGCCAGCCAUGAUGACCUUCAGGACAGGAAAAGGUCGCAGGGGUCCAGGAGGGCAGAACGAGCCUCCUAAAACGCCCCCGGUGCCAUCGCCGCGCCUCUCUCCUCCCGAGGCCCCUGAUAAGCCCACCAUCUCCAUGGCGACAGAGACGUCUGCAUACGUGACUUGGAUCCCGCGCGGUAACCACGGUUUCCCUAUCCAGUCGUUCCGGGUGGAGUUUAAGAAGCUGAAGGGCAAGGGAGGGGGGGAGUGGGAGGUGGCCGUUGCUAACAUCCCCCCCCAACGUCUGUCAGUGGAAAUCACCGGCCUGGAGAAAGGAACGUCUUACAAGUUCCGAGUGUUGGCGGUGAAUGUGAUCGGCGCCAGCCCGCCCAGUGCCCCCUCCAAGGCCUACACCGUGGUGGGCGGCGGCAGACCCAACGAGCGCCCUGUGGACGGACCGUACAUCACUUAUAAUGAAGCCAUCAACGAGACCACCAUCAUUCUGAAAUGGACGUACACGGCUGUGAACAACACUCCCAUCUACGGCUUCUACAUCUUCUACCGGCCGACGGACAGCGACAACGACAGCGACUAUAAGAAGGACGUGGUGGAAGGUGACCGGUACUGGCACUCCAUCACCGACCUGCAGCCAGAGACCGCCUACGACAUCAAAAUGCAGUGCUUCAACGAGGGGGGGGAGAGCGAGUUUGGCAACGUGGUCAUCUUAGAAACCAAAGCUCGUCUGAUCCAGCGGCCCUCUCCGUCCGAGACGUCUUCCCAUAGGCCAGUGCAUCCUGGGGGGCCUGUGCCCCGCCCCAGUGACCUCCCCUACCUCAUAGUGGGCGUGGUCCUGGGAGCAAUGGUCUUCAUCAUCGUGGCGUUCAUCCCCUUCUGCCUGUGGAGAGCCUGGGCCAAACAGAAGCAGACCUCAGACCUGUGUUUCCCAGCCAUGGCAUCCCCUGUGCCCUCCUGCCAGUACACUGUGGUGCCCCUGCAGGGCCUGGCGCUGGUGGGCCACUGCCCGCUAGACCCCCAUCUGCCCCUCCGGCAUGCCGCCUACCCCAAUGGAGAUUACACCCCUAACGGGAAACACCAUCACCCCACACGCUGUCUGCCCGGGCUAAACCAGGAUGAAGUGGCGUGUGAUAUGGAGUGUGACUCCCUGCUGAGCCAGACCAACGGACAGGGCCCGGGCUACCGCUACUCCAACAGCGAACCGGAGUAUCGCAGACACGACGGCUGUCUGCCAGAUGACUCCACGCUCCAGCUCCUCAACCCCUCGGAACGGCUAAUCAGCGGCCGGAACCUGGCAGGGAAAGAACAUGUUUACAAUGGGCACGUCGUGAAAGAGGAUGACGAGAGUCAAGACAUCCUACCACGCUCCCCCUCCCUUCUCCUAUCACUACAGGAGGAAAAUUCCACAGCAACAACAUCAACAGCUACUACGCCGGAAUCCCAUGAUGCACUUCCACUCCAGGAAGUGAACACCCUCCAGAGUGAAACAGUGACAGAAGGACAAGUGAUGUCAGAUACGACGGAAGCUUGAAAACACUCAGAAAAACAUAAAACAAAGUAUUUAUUUUUGUAUGACAGAUAUUUAUAUAUUUAUGCCUUUGUAUAUAAACAUUGUUUUGUUAUGCUGUAUAUAAGGAUAUGUUUAUACUAUAAAAGACACUUAUUUGUACGUCCUCUAGCUACUACUUAGGAUAAAGGGAAUAAUCUGUUCAUUUAUAAUCCAGCUGUGUUAAGAUAGAUCUGCGGUUGUAUAUUUACAUCUGCAUUCCUUGAGAAAGGUGUGUAGAUGGUGAUUCUAGUCCUGACGCUAAUUUAAGUCAGUCAGUCAAAUAAAAUCCUAAACAUAAUCUGUGUUGGUUACAGUAGGAUAAGGGAGGAGUACCCUUCCACCAUUUCUCUGGCUCUUUAUGCCUGGCUCUGACAUGCAGCUUUUAUCCUGAUUUUGUCAACAUCCUGAUUGUGCGCACAAGUGUAAACGAUUUGAGAGACAAUGUGAUCUGAUUAUGAUCAGAUGUUUCAAGUGUAAUUGGGCGUGAUCAGAUCAAUGUAACGAAGGACGCACGCUAACCGAAGGUACAAACAGGGAUGUUAGUCAGGCACCAGCAGCACCAAGUCUCUACCAAUCUCCUUCAAGUCACUUCCCGAGUAACUGUCUCUGUUAUGAACCCAAACACCUGCGAAUGACACCAUCUUAACCUCUCCAUAAAGGAGGAGGGAAAUGACUGAUAGACAGGGCUGUACUACCCAGUAGAGAGGAGCGUAUUCAACGAUGAAGCAUGUUAGACACAACCCUGACUGGUUGCGAUGCUGUUUUUUUGCAUACAACCUUUUCAAUCUCGUUUAAUGUCGUCAUACUGGGGUGAUUUUCAAGGUACUUCUUCCAUCUUGUAUAGAAAUAACAGAAAUAUUAUGCAUUUUUCAUCAUUAACUAAGUAUUAACAAAUGUAUGCAACUUAAAAGCAUUCUGUAGUUCUUAGAGUACAAAGAGAUGAUAUAUUGUAUAGUUAUUUAUUUUUUAGGAGCCAGAUUUAUUUUUUAUCACUGAAUGGGAAAGGUUCUGGAAGUUUUCUUACCUAGUCAUACAUAAGCUGAUUUUUAUUUUCGACUGAACUGACAGUCAUUAUGCUGGUUAGUCAUCCUUAGGACUGCCUUGUGGGGGGGGGUCUCUGACUGCAGUACGCUCCCUCCCCUCACGGUCAGCAUUAGUUUUCCCCCGCAAGGCAUCUGAUCCAAAUGAAGGAGUUCCUGAAUCUGUUACCCAUCUGAAUGUGUGUGGCUGUUAUGGCUGGACAACUAUUGCAUGUAAAUAAAGCUUAUAAUGAAAUCA